UGAUGGAUUAUAAAACAAUGUGAUGAGAAACUCACAGUUGUGAGGUUUGCUAACGCUGUUGUAGAAGGUGAAGAUUGGAGCCUUUCAUUACUUCCUACAUUCUCAACUACAUUCUCAAAAUGCUAGUGGGGGGUCCCAGUUGAAGAACACUGAAAAUGCUGGGUGUGCUCUUUUAUUCAUCCAUUAGGAAAAUAGAUAAAACACACCUUGGUAGUGUAUGAUUUGAGGCCAUGUGACCCUCUGCCUACUGCCUUCUGUAUGAAGAGAGAUACAGAGAGAGAGAGAGAGAGAAAGAUUUGCUUGGAGGUCAUUAGUCCAACCCCCUGCUCACACAGGACUAGGGAUUCGAACCGCUGAACUGGCGACCUUUCUGAUCGACAAGCUCAGUGCCUUAGCCACUGCGCCCCCUAGCCAGGCUAACGGUGAUCAGCAGAACUUUUAUGAGGACAACAGAAUAUGUGGCCAUCGAAUUCACUUGUUUUCUAAGAGGUUGUGGCACCUCUUAGGCAGAGAACUUUCGACAGCAUUGAGAGCAGCAAAAAGGAAAUUAAGCAGAGAAAAUCAUUGCAGCCAUACUCAAGUACGAAAUUUGGUUUAAUUUUGUCUGCAGUUUUUAUUUUAUACAUGUUAAUUGGUACUAGAUAACAAGUGAGUUGGGUCAUUGUUUUGGAGAUAAUUCCUUAACCAGAUUCCUCAAUACCUUCAUAAUGGCAGAACUUCUAAUGCAAGCAAACCCCCAACUUCUUGGGCACCUGAUGGGCCAUUCUGAAAACAGAACAACUGGCCUUGAGACUGAUUUAACACGAUUUUGUAUAUUCUCAGUCUGUCCUUCACAUGCUUUGUAAGGGCGUAACAUAUUCCAUGGCUUGCAUUACACAAUAUUUGCAGCCAGGGGAUAUGACGUGAUCUGUAUUAUCUUUCAAAAAACUCUGUAAUCUUUUUAUUUCUAUUUAGGCUGAUCAGGAAACAGAAUUAUCAGUGCUAUUGAAGCUGUAGUUGGUUAAUUAGUCCAGUAUUUUGCAAGCUUCAAGGUCAAUAGAAGGAAGGGAUCCAGUCUUCAUAAGCUGGAAUCAAGAUGACUACAGCUGCCCCAACGUCUGAUUAUUCCCUGCCUUGGAAGAAUGUGACCACGAAGUCUCGAGAGCAAAUCCUUUAUCAGAGCUCUGGAGCAAUAGUAGCAGCUAUUGUCGUGGGCGUCAUAGUAAUAUUUACAACAGUUCUGCUCAUCCUUAAAACGUAUAACAGGCAUAUGAGGAUCAAGCGAGAGCUGGAGCCAAAGAAUGCAAAGACCAACAUCCCUUCCGUUUUAGGACAGGACAGUAGCACCUCUGCCAGGACCAGUGCGGUGACAUUUGUCCCUGUAGACAUUCACAUUCCAAAAAGAAGACUUUGAAGAGACAGCAAAUGGAAGAAUAAUCGGCAAGAAGUGAACUCUGCAUACUCUUGAGGAAUGGAGUGGCUCCCAUGGUCCAUGUUUCAGCAGUCUGUUGGUCACCAUUUUUUUUCCCUCAUGGAAGGCAAAACCUUUAGGGGCAACCAGUUGUGGAAAUAAUAUGUAUAAACUUUCCAACUGCUUGUUGGGAGGGAUGGUGAGAAGCACAACUACAAAUCAAUCUUGGAACCAAUCAUGUCCUCCAUAUUUUCUUGCUCUGUUAAUUUAAGUCCAGCUCUCAUUGUCCUGUAAGUGAAAGUGAACUUUCUGCUGGAUGAAGGUUCUGAAGAUGUCAGUGGGCUUAGUCUUACCUCUUGGUUUGUGGCAGAUAAUAUAGGAUCCAUAUUCUUUCAUUUUUUGGCUCUGAAAAAGCGGUAGCAGCCAUUAUCACCAGUUGCCAACACUGUUUACCCAGACAAGCAAAGAACUUGAUUUCAACAAUCAUGUUUCCUUAGGCUUAUUUUAGCCAACCUCAAUUUUUCUUGAGAACAAGUGCCUAUUCUCAGAGGUGGGUUUCAGCAGGUUCUGACCAGUUCUGGAGAACCGGUAGCGGAAAUUUUGAGUAGUUCGGAGAACAAGUAGUAAAAAUUUUGACUGCCCCGCCCCCACCUAUUCUCUGCCUCCCGAGUCCCAGCUGAUCUGGAGGAAAUGGGGAUUUUGCAGUAACCUUCCCCUGGAUUGGGGAGGGAAUGGAGAUUUUACAGUAUCCUUCCCUGCCAUGCCCACCAAGCCACACCCACAGAACCAGUAGUAAAAAAAUUUGAAAGCCACCACUGCCUAUUCUCCAAAUCCAAUCUUCAACUAAGUGACAAGUGAGUUGAUAACAUUCAGUAGAUCAAAGCUAGAAUUUCAGGCUGCUUUGUCAGGACAGAAGAUGCUAGGUAUCUGUAUAUACAGAGUUGUGAGGGGUUUUUUGCUCUCCUUUUCUUAUGGGAACGUAUCUUUAAUGUCUUCCCUAAAUGCUACAGGGGGAAAAAAUGCUACAGGGAUCAAUUGUGCUGAAUGUAUAAAGUGAUCCUGGCUACGUAUGUGAUCCUGGUGACAGCGAACUGCCCUAGCUUAGAGCCUCAAGCAAAGAAAACCACGAAGUGAAUCUGAAGGGAGAUUUCAUGGGAAGGUUGUGAUCUUUUUGUGAGGCCCCAGUAGAUGUAGUCAAUUUAGUAUGCUAAAUUUAUGUUUCCAUUCACUUACCUGAAACUAUGCAGCACAGAAAUAGUUUUGGGAGAUCAGCCUGCCUUCAGAAUCUUGUCGCGGAAAUAUCUGUAUUUAUUUCUUCUCCUUUUUCCUUUUAAACAAACUGAACAGGGAAAUAUUUUUAAAUAGCAAGAAAGUAAAAUGUGGGAUAUGACUA